AUGACGUCGCCGGUGAAACAAUUUGGCGUCUGGGACUACGUCGUCUUCUCGCUGAUGCUCGGCGUGUCAGCUGCGAUUGGAAUCUACUACGCAUGCGCGGGCGGAAAGCAGAAGACCACCAAAGAGUUCCUUCUGGCGAACCGGGACCUGGGAGUACUUCCGGUGGCGAUCUCCAUCCUCCUGUCGUUCAUGUCCGCCAUCCUCAUCCUCGGGACGCCGGCGGAAAUGUACACGGACGGGACGCAGUUUUACAUCCGGGUGUUCGGAAGUCUCGGCUGCGGGAUCGCGGCUCUUAUUUUUGUGCCGCUGUUCUACCCGCUCAAGAUGACGAGUUCUUAUGAGUAUCUGGAAAACAGAUUCAAUUCGAAAGCGGCAAAACUGACUGGAACGAUCAUUAUGAUAAUACAACAGAUUAUCUACAUGGGGAUAGCGUCAUUCGCUCCAUCUACUGCGCUGGAGGGAGGGAUGAAAGCUGUCGUGUGGACCGACGUGUUCCAAUCAGUGGUCAUGUUUGGUGGAUUGUUCGCCAUUCUUAUACAGGGUAUCAUCACUGUGGGAGGAAUAGACGAAGUUUGGCGACUUAACGAGGAAUGGGGAAGAAUAUAUUUCUGGAAUUUCGACCCGGACCCGACUGUACGUCACUCAUUCUGGUCGCUGUUUAUUGGUGGGUUGGUCGGAUGGGUGGCGACGUACGGAGUGAACCAAGCCAGCAUCCAGAGAUACUGCGCACUGCCAUCGCUCAAACGAGCACAGACAUCACUAGUGUUGAACAUUCUAGGAGUGUUUCUCCUCCUCACCAUUGUCUGUUUGACCGGAAUCGUGGUUUUCGCGUACUACGCCCAGAAAGGAUGCGACCCGCUUUCAGCUGGAUACAUCAGCAAUUCUAAUCAGAUAAUUCCCUAUUUCGUGAUGGAGGCUCUUGGUUACCCAGGGUUACCAGGUCUGUUUAUUUCCUGUCUGUUCAGUGGCGCUCUCAGCACUAUGUCGUCGAGUCUAAACGCCUUGGCUGCCGUGGUUUGGAAGGACAUAUUAAAGGGAACACUCGACAAGCGACUCACGGAACCACAGAAGACACUAGUCACCAAAGGCUUGGAACACUGCCCUAUCUCUAGAGACUGGUCUCGGAAACGAAGUCUCGGAGACUUCUCUCUGCAGAUAGAACACUGCCCUAUCUCUAGAGACUGGUCUCGGAAACGAAGUAUCGGAGACUUCUCUCUGCAGAUAGAACACUGCCCUAUCUCUAGAGACUGGACUCGGAAACGAAGUCUCGGAGACUUCUCUCUGCAGAUAGAACACUGCCCUAUCUCUAGAGACUGGCCUCGGAAACGAUGUCUCGGAGACUUCUCUCUGCAGAUAGAACACUGCCCUAUCUCUAGAGACUGGCCUCGGAAACGAAGUCUCGGAGACUUCUCUCUGCAGAUAGAACACUGCCCUAUCUCUAGAGACUGGUCUCGGAAACGAAGUCUCGGAGACUUCUCUCUGCAGAUAAAACACUGCCCUAUCUCUAAAGACUGGUCUCGGAAACGAAGUCUCGGAGACGUUUGA